AUGUCUUCCUUUAAUUAGAAGUAACAAAAGAAGCUCAACGAACACAAAGAAUUAGCAUAAAAAUAGAAAGAUGCAAAUGAAAGAUUUUAAGAAGGCAAGAAGAUCAUGUUGAAAGAGAAUAAGACAGCUAAUGAUUUUGAUCGUGCAAUCUAACUGUUUUCUGAAGCAAUCACAUUGUUAUAAGUUAUUUAAAUAUAUAAUAGUUUUAGAAUUCAAGUCAAACAGAACCCUAAUAUGCCAAAUUUUAUGCAGCCAGAGGUAAUGCUUACAUGCAGACUGGUCAGUAUUAGAGAGCACUCUUUGAUUUUUCUACUGCAGUAAGAUUUGAGGAAAAUAAUGCAGAACAUUAUGGUGCAAGAGGAAACUGUUUUCUUUAAUUAGGAGAAGUAAAUGAUGCAUUGAAAGAAUAUGAUAAAGCUAUUCAAAUUAAAUCAACAGACGGUUUCCUAUUUUUAAAUAGAGCACUUGUGUAUGCUAGAUUAGAUAAUUAUAAAAAGGCUAUUGAUGAUUAUUAAUAAGCUCUUAAGUAUUUGAAGGAUUCAAAUGCAUAAUUUAAAGCUCACUUUCAUAUGGGAAAUUGUUAUAGACAAAUUAAGUAUUAUGAUUAAUCCAUAGAACAUUUGUAAAAGGCUUGUGAUAUCAAGAAGGAUGAAGCACCUGCUCAUAAUAAUUUAGGAUUAUCAUAUUUUGAAAAUUAAUAAUAUGAAUUAGCAUUAGAAAGAUUUACAAGAGCAAUUGAAUAAGAUGAAUCAAAAGCAACAUAUUAUAAUAAUAAAGCAUUAGCAUUAUAUCAUUUAGGUGAUUUGAAAGGAAGUCUAAUAGAAUUUAAUAAGGCUCUUGGUAUUGAUGAUCAAGAUGCUAGAGCAUUAUAUAAUAGAGGAAAUACUCAUUUAGCUUUAGGUAAAAGAGCAGAAGCACAUGCUGAUUAUGAUAAGGCAAUAAAAUUGAUGCCUAAAAAUUCUAAAUUUUAUCAUUCAAAAGGAUUAGCCUAUUAGGAUUCUGAAGAAUAUGAAAUGGCUAUUAAAAUGUUUGAAGAAGCUUUGAAUAUAACACCUAAUCAUAUGCCUUCAAUAUUUCAUUUAGGUUUAAUGUAUCAUAAGAAUGAUAAUUUAAAAGAAGCAUUAUCAUUAUUUACAUAAGUUUUGAAUGCUGAAGGCAAAGAUAGAUUAGUCUAUUCUUCAAGAGGUUUAGUUUACAUGGAUAUGAAAAAUUAUGAAUUGGCUAUAUAAGAUUUCAAUGCAGCAAUAGAAAUGGAACCUACAUAUCCAGAAACAUAUUAUAAUAGAGGAUUGGCAAGAAUUGAAAUGCAUGAAUUAAAUGAUGCUAUCAAAGAUUUUGAAUAAGCUCUUGAACUUAAUUCCAAUAAUCCUGGAAUUUACUCAGGUUUAGGAUAAGCAUAUAGAUUAAAGAAAAAUUAUGAAAAAGCUUUAUUUUAUUUGGAUAAAGCUUUGAAGGAAUCUCCUCAUAAUUAAGAAUUUUUGGUUUAAAGAAGCAAUAUAUUUAUUGAUAAGAAAGAAUAUCCAAAAGCAAUAAUAGAUUUGACAAGUGCAUUAGAUAGAAAACCUAAUGAUGCAUAAAUAUAUUAUAGAAGAGGACUUGCAUAUUAUAAAAAUUAAGAAUUCAAGAAAAGCAUUGCUGAUCUUUAUAAAGCUUUUGAAAAUAAACCAUUUUAAAGUUAUGUACCAGAUAUUCAUUAUCAUUUGGGAAUUUCAUUUGCAAAUUUAGAAAUGUUUGAUAAAGCUAUAGAACCUUUAACUAAUGCAAUUGAAUUAUAGAAAUAUGAACCUGCUUAUAUUCAUGAAAGAGCAAAGUGUUUUUUAUUAGUAGGUGAGAAUCAAUUAGCAUUAGAAGAUUUUGAUAAAGUGAUUGAAAUGCAAGUAUUAUAAUUAAUUUUUAUAUGAUAGCCACAUAAUUCACAUGCUUAUUUUGGUAGAGCUUUUGCACAUAAAGCAUUAUAAUAAUAUGGGAAAGCAGCAGAAGAUUUUGGUAGAGCAAAAGAUCUUGAUCCUAUGAAUCCAAAAUUGAUUGUGAAUUUCAAACAGAUUUAUUAUGUUAAAUACAUAAAAUUGUGCAAUCCAGGAGAAGAAUAAAGAUGA